AUGUUCAACAAGAAGACGAUGGUUUUGUAUUGCGGCGGCUCUCCCGGAUUGGCACCGGCCGCCCCUCAGUCUCCCGGCGGCGGCGUGGGCGGCGUGGGCGUAGGAGGUGGAAACGGCGCCGUAGGCGAAGGCGGCCUGGCUCUCCUUCCCGGCGGAAUCCGAAGCGGCUGUGCGGGGCUGGGCUGCGCUGAGGGGCCUCGGGCGCUGAUUGGCGGAGGGCGUCGCGCGGGGCCCCUCUCGCUGAUUGGGCCCCAGGAGGCGGCGGCGCGAGCGCUGAUUGGCCAGGCGGCGGCGACCCCCGAAGACGAACUGGACGGCUGCGAGCCCGAGCCGGAGCUUCCCGCCGCCGCUUCUUCCUGCUCCUCCUCCGCCGCUUCCUCCGCCGCCGCUUCCCCCACCACGCCCGGCCCCGUCGACCCGCUGCGCCAGGUGACGCUGGAGCUGGUGGCCUCCUACUUGCGGGAAGCGGCCGACCAGGAGACCCCCAAACAAGACGGCGGUUGCGGCGGCGGCGGCGGCGGCGGGAAGUUCCUGCAGGGCCUGCUGGGCCGCUUCGGUCCCUGCGCCAGCGGCGAGGCGGAGACGGCGGCCCGGGCCCUGGAGACGCUGCGGAGGGUCUGCGACGACAUCCGGGAGAAGCACCAGCUGGCCUUCCAAGGAAUGCUGAGGAAAGUGCAGAUCGACAAAGCUGACGACUUGAAGGUUAUGUCAGAAGUUGCAACGCAGGUUUUCAACGACGGCAUAACAAACUGGGGUCGGAUUGUGACUCUCAUUUCUUUUGGUGCCUUUGUUGCCAAACACUUGAAGAGCAUAAAUCAGGAAAGCGGCAUCAACACUUUGGCGGAGAUUAUCACGGAGGUGCUGGUGACGGAGAAGAGAGAGUGGCUGCUGCAUCACAACGGCUGGGAGGGCUUUGUUAAAUUCUUCCAUGUAGAGGACCUGGAAGGCAGCAUCAGAAACAUUCUGGUGGCUUUUGCGGGCGUGGCUGGCCUAGGAGCGAGCUUGGCUUACUUGAUCCGGUGAACCAAAAAAAGGGGGGGGCUCACCCGAGUGGAGCUUAGCUUGGACUCCUGCUGUGAGUAGAAAACUGAGCUGUUCUCCUCUUGCCGAGCGGGAAGCGAGACAGCUGGAAUUCCCCAAGAAGGACUCCUAUGAACUGUCCCGGGAUAGAAGGCAGCCCAGCAAGGAGGUCUUACAAACGGAAGCCGCUUUUGCCAAGGGAAGAAACGUGGGGGACUCCGCUUCACUCACACGAAGCUAGAAGGACUGUGCAGGAGGAGGAGGAGGUGCGCUUGGACUGGCCAGGAGGAGAGACAGUUGGCUGAACUGAGCAGUGAGUGAUCUGUUUGCACAGGGCGACAAUCGCGCCCCUUCCGCCUUGGAGAAUACCGCUGGGGCUGAAGUACGGAGGGGUGUUUAGGCCCCCUAAGCACUUCCUGGUCAUCUCUGGGAAAUGCCUUGAACUGUUUGGCAGAUGCAGGCAACGCGUUUAUUGCCCCAUCGCUGAGAGAAAAGGUGUCCCUUCAGCCGCUCAUCAUCAACACAUCGUAUUCUAAAGGGCUGGCUGUAUUUUCUUUUUCCAUUUUUUCAUCUUUCUUUCCACUGCCCUCCUUUUGAAAGCGUUACACUGCCAUUAAGCGCCUCCCCCCACCCCCCCUUACACACUCAACUGCUCCCUGCAGUGGAGCUCAGCCUGCAACCGUGAUAAACUUCACCUGGGACCGAUGAAGCCUGCAGAAUGCGUCCACCCUUGAAGCCGCUUUUAUCUUUUGAGAACGAUUGCGAAGAGGUUUUGGUUUUUUUCUUAAAAUGUGAUCAGUUUGGAUUUGAUUGGACUCUUUGAUUGGUUUCCCCACACAGCCCCAUCUGCAUAUCCUGGGCAUUUCAGAAAACCCUCCUCAUCCAAGUCAACAAGUUUAUCCAUGUGACUGUACUGGACAGCUUAAGACUCCUCCUUUCCUUCCUCCCUCUUGGGAAGAAAAAGGAGCCCUUUGGGGUUUUCCAUUGCUCUGCUUUACUUCUUUUUUUUGAUGCCCGCGUUGAUCUUAAAGGAUGCUUUUUUUUUAAAAAAAAGAGCUAAACUUGCACAUGAAUGUCAUUUAUCCUGUAAGAAAGCAAAAUAACAUGCGUGAAUUAGCAGUGAGAUCACACACACACACAUUCUAAUCUGGGCAGCUUCCUGGAUGCCUGAUGGCCUUUUCUAAAACCUUUGAGGAUGAAACAGUUCAUAAGCUGAGUUUUCUUUGAUUCCCCCCCCCCCCUUUUAUUCAGGAGAAUGGCUUCAGUUCACAGGGGCAGGAGUUUUAAUUUGCAGUCUAGAAUUGCUUUUAGUUUUCCCUGUGCAUCAGUCUAGGCCAGGAGUAUCCAACCAUAGCCACUUUAAUAACCGUGGACUUCAAAUACCUGGGGGAUUCUGGGAGUUGAAGUCCAGAAGUCUUCAAGUGGCCAGGGUUGGACACCCCUCUUGGCGAGGUGCUGGAAGAUCUGCUUUGUUUACAUAAACCGUCUUAAUAAAAAAAAAACCCUUCAGUGAUUCUCGCCAGGUGAGGAGGCCUUUCUGUUAAUACAGAAACCCGAAGUGUUUGUUUUCGUUUUUUGUGGCUGAAUGAUCGCCCCUUCUUCUUCCUUUCCUCCCCCUUGAAUGUUGCCAGGCGAUUCGUUGGUAGACCAGGCUUAAAACCUUGGCCUGGCGCUUCCCUUCCGUGGGGAUGGAGAGGCAGGGCUGGAGAUGCGCUCUUAAGAAUAGAAGUAGCCAGCUUCAGGGAUGUGGGACGAAGCCGCCUUUCUUCGUUCAGGGUGGUCUAAAUUCUGGCUAGGGUCUGACCUGUGACUUGCACCUCAUUGUUUCCAAACGGCUGUUUUGUGAGCACUUGAGCUGGUUAAAAAGGCAUGGCAGGGAUGUGCAAGGAAAUUAAAACAUUCCACACAUGUUCAACUGCCCCCUUUUGUUUGCCCCAGAAAUGUGGUUGAGAAAGAAAAACUCAAAAGAGUUUUUCUAGGGAAGUAUUUUACAUAGGGACUAACAGAACCAGCCUAUUGCAAUGCCUUGUGGGGGGGUUUAAUGGCAGAGUAUGCAAAGUCCCCUCCCUUUCCUUAGAAAUAUGCAAAAUGGCACUUCUCCAAAGCUCUGUUUACAAAUGCUGGUGCCCUGCGAGUGUGUGUGUGUGUCUCAGCUGGGGUUUUCUUGUCCAACCAAACAGGCAGUGCCGGAGUUUCCCUAUUUUCACACGAUUGCAAGGGAGACCUGCGAUGGUGUUGGCCUGUCCUCUCCCCUCCUGUCUGACCCCAUUUUGACUCAAACCCCAGUAGCUGUGAAUGUCUCUCUGGUGAGAAUCCAGAGGGAACCUGUUCUAGUUUAAUAAGGACCCUGAGCCUGUGGUUCCUUCUGGCAGAUCAGGAGAAGCCGUCUUGUCAGUUCUCUUGUCACCCCGCUUGGCUGCUGGGCUACUGGGUUAACUUCUCUUUUUGUGAUAGGGAAGAGUUGCAGGUAGAGAAAGCCAGAGAGAGGUUUAUUCUGAAAUCCUUGACCUCAAUAAAGCCCAAGUUUGCCAGCAACAUGGAGGCCUUACUGAUUCGUACCCUGCCUGCCCACAUUCCUCCCAGGCAGAAUCGCUGUUUUGCAACGUAGCAACAGAGUGUUUAAUAUAUGUGCUUGAAUGUUCCUCUGAAUUAAAUUAAUUUAACCCUUCAA